AUGACUCCUUUUACUGGUUUCAGACACUGAUAUAGCAGAAUACAGAUGAAGAACUUCACAGAAGUGACUGAAUUCAUCUUUUUGGGAUUCUCUAGCUUUGGAAAACAUCAAAUAACCCUCUUUGUAGUUUUCCUAACCAUCUACAUUUUUACUCUUGCUGGUAACAUCAUCAUUGUGACUCUCACUUACAAUGACCAUCACCUCCACACUCCCAUGUACUUCUUCCUCAGCAUGCUGGCUAGUUCAGAGACUGUGUACACACUGGUCAUUGUCCCACAAAUGCUUUCCAAUCUCAUUUUUCAUAACCAGCCCAUAUCCUUGGCAGGCUGUGCAACCCAAAUGUUCUUUUUUGUCACCCUGGCCACUAACAACUGCUUCCUGCUCACAGCAAUGGGCUAUGACCGCUAUGUGGCCAUCUGUGAGCCCCUGAGGUACACAGUCAUCAUGAGCAAAGGAAUGUGUGUCAAGUUAGUUUGUGGAUCCUUUAGCACUGGUCUAGUUAUGGCAGUUCUUCAUGUGACAGCCAUGUUCAAUUUAUCCUUCUGUGGUACAGUGGUGGAUCAUUUCUUCUGUGAUAUUUACCCAGUCAUGAAACUUUCUUGCGAUGAUACCACUAUCAAUGAGAUAAUCAAUUAUGGUGUAAGUUCAUUUGUGAUUCUUGUACCGGUAGGCCUGAUCUUCAUUUCCUAUGUCCUCAUCAUCUCUUCCAUUUUUAAAAUUGCCUCAGCUGAUGGUCAGAAGAAGGCCUUUGCUACUUGUGCCUCCCAUCUCACAGUGGUCCUUGUCCAUUAUGGCUGUGCCUCCAUUGCUUACCUUAAGCCCAAGUCAGAAAAUUCAGUAGAAAAAGAUCUUCUUCUCUCUGUAACCUACACCAUCAUCACUCCUCUGCUGAAUCUUGUCAUUUACAGUCUGAGAAACAAGGAGGUCAAGGAUGCCCUACACAGAGCUUUGGGUAGAAUCACUUCUUAACAGAUUGAGUCAUUCUGUCAGGACAACUUUAGCUGAAUGUAAUAUGUGUCUGCUCACAAACAAGCCACAA